CUGAGCUAAAUCCCCAGCCCCUAUAUAUUUUCAUUUUCUUGUAGGUAUUGUUUAAUUUCUUCUUUAAUUUCCUCUGUGACCCACUGAUUACUCAAUAGUGUGUUAUUCAGUUUCCAUGUGUUUGUGGGAUUUUUGCAGUAUCUUUUAUCAUUAAUUUCUAAUUUCAAAGUGCUGUGAUCUGAUAACAUGCAAGGGAUGAUUUCAACUCUUUUGCAUUUGUUUAAAUGUGUUCUGUGAGCUAAUAUAUGGUCUGUUUUAGAGCAUGACCCAUGUACUGCUGAAAAGAAUGUGUAUUCUGAUGUUGGGUGGAACAUUCUGUAUAUGUCUAUCAAGUCCAUUUGUUCACAGGUGUGAUUCAGUUGUUAUUUCUUUGCUCAUUUUCUGUCUGGUUGAUCUGUCCGUUGGUGUCAAUGGUGUGUUAAGGUCUCCUGUUACAAUUGUGUUACUGAUAAUUUGAGUUUUCAUUUCUGUUAAUAGUUGUUUUAUAUAACUGGGUGCUCUGGAGUUUGGUGCAUAUAUAUUUGAUAGUUAUCUCUUCCUCUUGGAGUUUUCCCCUAACGAGUAUGUAGUGACCUUCUUUGUCCUUUAUGAUCAUUGUUGGUUUAAAGUUCACAUUGUCUGCAAACAGAAUGGCUACUCCUGCUUUUUUUUGGGUUCGUGUUGUGUGAGGUAUUGUUUUCCAUCCUUUGACUUUCAGUCUGUGAGUAUCCUUCUGGAUUAGAUGGGUUUCCUGUAAACAGCAUAUGGUUGGAUUUUGUUUCUUGAUCCAUUCUGCUAGUCUGUUUCUUUUGAUUGGUGCAUUAAGACCAUUUACAUUAAUGGUUAUAACUGUUAUAUGCUGGUUUAUUGUUGACAUGUUAUCUUUCUGCUGUUGCAUCUUUAUCUUUCUGUUCUGUUUAAUUAUCUGCUUUGCUUAGUGGUUUUUUCCUUUGUGUAUCUAAACUGUCUAUUUUUUGCAGGGUUGGGUUGGUGUUCAUGAAGUUCUUCAGCUGUUCUUUGUCAUGGAAGUAUUGUAUUUCACCAUCGAUUUUGAAUGAUAGUUUUUCAGGGUACAUCAGUCUAGGUUGGAAAUCAUUUUGCUUUAGAAUCUGGAAGACUUCACUCCAUGCUCUUCUUGACUUUAUUGUUUGUGCGGAGAAGUCUGCUGUGAUUCUGAUAGGUUUUCCUUUAUAAGUGUUCUGUCUUUUCUCUCUGACGGCUUUUAAUAAUUUAUUCUUGUGUUGGAUUUCUGGGAUGGUGAUUAUUAUAUGUCUGGGUGUAGUUUUAUUUUAGUUAUGACUAUUUAGAGUUCUAUAGGCUUCACUGAACCUGAUGUCAGUUUCUGAUCUCAUGCCUGGGAAGUUUUCAGCUAUUACUUCUCUAAAUAUCCUCUUGACAUCCUUUAUGUUGUCCCCUUCUUUUUCAUUAAUCCCUAUCAAUCUUACGUUGUUUUUCUUUGCAUCAUCCUGCAGUUGUUGAAUUGUUAUUUCCUGAGUCCUUGUCAUUUUUAAAAGAUCUUUCCUUUCCUGUUCACUAGCUGCAAUCCUGUCUUCAAGGUCUGAAAUUCUAUCUUCACUUUCAUUGAGGCUUUUUUUUACAGCUUUCAGUGGAGUUUUUGAUUUCCUGUAUAUCUCUGCUCCUCUUUUUAUGUAUUGUUUGUUUCUUUUAUUGCUCAUCUAGGGAUUCUAUCUUUUUGUUUAGUUCCUCCAAUUUUUUAACUGCGUUUUCUUUAGAUAUAUUCAGAAUCUCUUUCAUUUCUUUUAUCAUUUCUUCUUUUACCUGGGAGAUUAUUUCAAGUUUAAAUUCCUUUAAAGCUUCUUGGAGUUGCUUGUUUAUUUCAGUAACUAUUAUGUCCAAUAUUUGAGAUGUAUGGCAUGUAUUUUCUUCUAUAUACAUCACUCCUAGGGUUUCUUGAGAUGGGCUGGAGGUUUGAGGUUGUAAUUUGGUCUUUCGUUCCUAUAUUUCGGUGUUUCAAGUGUUAUUUGAAAGCUUCCUCAGGGUCUGUUGGAAAUCCACUUCUAUGUUCACAGUUCCUGGGACUCUGGCACCCAGUUCCCCCAGGGGCCGCUGGGCCUCUGGAACCUGUUCAAAACUCUGUAGUUCCAGAUGAGCUGAUCUUCAGGGACACUGUGUGCCCGCCUGCUUGCUCAAAACUCCACAGUUCUCCAAGCACAGUCAGAAUGGGGAGGCGGAUGUAUGCGUCUCAGACCCACUUAGCCACUUCACUGCACCCGGAAGUCUGGAGGGUCCUGAACAGUCUGGGCUUGGGGCAAAGUGCACUAGGCACUUACCACAGGCCGUGGGGCCUCUGGAACUGGUGAUGCUUGCCUGCUUGCUGAGAAAUCCACAGUCCUCUAGGCACAUGGGGAGGCGGAUACAGGCACCCCAGAUCCACCCAGCCCUUAUUCUGCACCCAGACGGUGCAAGAGUCCCAAAUAGGCUGGACUCCAGAGAUAGUGUGCGCCUACCUGCUUACUGGAAACUCCACAGUUCUCCGAGCACAGCCAGAAUGGGGAGGCGGAUGUAGGCGCCUCAGACCCACUUAGCCAUUUCACUGCACCUGGAAGCCUGGAGGGUUCCUGAACAGUCUGGGCUUGGGGCAGAGUGCACUGGGCACUUACCACAGGCCGCAGGGCAGCUCUUUCAUUUUAAAUCAUCUUCAUUUUUUAUUUCAUGAUUGUUUUGAGAGUCUCAUUAAACCAUGAGAUUAAACUGUGAGAUUGCCUCAACUUCGCUGGAACUGUGAUCCUCCUGCCUCAGCCUCCCAGACUGCUGGGAUACCAGGGACACCUGGGAUACCAGGUGUGGGCCGCGUACACCUGCUAAAGUAGACGAGGUCUUGGUGUAGAAAACCUGUCAAAGGACCUCUGGUGGAUCCGGUGCCUGCCCUGUAAGGAGGUGGGUUUUCCUCUGGUUCUAUGUAGAGCAAUACCAUGUGGACAGUGGACCAAGCCAUUGUUCUGUCCCUUCUCUGCAUCUUUGAAAAUUCCUGCGGUUUGGUGUUUUAAUCUCUGCGGUCCUGGGGAGUAGAGCCCAGGGCCUUGUGUGGGCUGCAUCUUCAGCCUGGUGCCUGCCUUCCCCCUCCCUUCCUUAUUCCUUUCCUCCUUCCUUCCCGUCCUCUCCCCCCUCCCUCUGUAGUCCUGAGGGUUGAGUUGGGCCUUGUAUGAGCUACAUCCCCAGCCUUAUUAUUAUUUUUUUUUUUUUCCGUUUUUGAGACAAGGUCUCGCUAAGUCAUGAAGUUGCCCAUGCUGUUCUUGAACUUGUGAUCCUCCUGCCUCAGCCUUAUGAACGCUGGGCUUAUGGACCUGGCCUGAGGUCUGCGUCUCACACAGAAACAACUCCACGACUGGCAUGUGCCUUGGGAAGAGCAAGGUGGGGACUCCAGGCCCCCAUGCUGGUCUGGAGCUGCAGGGCUGUACUGAGGUCCUCAGCCCAGUAUGGGCAGGGUGGUGCCAUCACCUACCUUUGGGGCCGUCCCUAGCCCCACCCCAAGCUCAGAAAGCCCUAAAACAGGGCUGCCCUAUCCCAGGAGUGUCUCCCAGUCCUAGGCCAUAAAUCCCUGGUUGGGGUGGUCAGGCCCGCUCCCCAAGGCUUGGAAGGUACACGGCUGCCCUGCCCCAGCACUGACCUAGCUCUCCUCGGCUAGGCAAAAGCAGCAUUUGCCUGCCUCUUCCUCCAUCUUCACUGUCCCCACUAGUGUCUGUCCAAACUCUUCCCUCUUUAAAGACCCUGAAUUGGGGCGGCCACGCCCCAGCGGGCCCCGACUCAUGUCUACGCACCCACUUUUCCAGGGCAGUGCGUUCUGGGGAACUGAGUCAGGGCUGGAACAUGUCUUAGAGGCACAGCUUGAGCUGUAGCUACAUCCUGUGGUUGGAGGAGGAGGAGGAGGAGCGCGACAAGGCCACUCCCACCACUGUAGGCAGUAGAGGCCUGCCCCACUAAAUGUGCAAGGAGGGAAGGAAGGAACUAAGCCACUCCGGUGGCUGAGGUUAUCGCCUGCCUGGACACAGGCCCAGAGGAGCUGCCCUGCGCUUCCAGUGACACUGGGCUUCCUGGCCUUGGAGACUGGAGGGCAGGGGGACUCUCUGGGAGCCACUCCGGGCCUGGCCCCAUGGCCGCUCGUUUCCCUAGAUGUUUAAUUAACUUGGUUUUAUUUGUGAACAAAAGCGGCUGACAUUUAAUAACAGAGAAGUGGAGUUGUGGCGACUCUUCCGAACACUGCAGCCUUGUACAGUGAAGAACUGGUGCCCGCAGUGUGGGGAGAGCUGUUACCCAGGGAUGCCACCUCCAUGGCAACAGCCACGUGACGCUGGCGUGGGUUGCAGAUGUGGCCCAUGGGCCCACCCGGGGUGGGGGUGGCAGCGGUGGGGACCUGGAGCACCUGCUGUUGUGCCUCCCGCUUUGUGGUUUCUCACCCAGGCUUGACUCCUGCUGCCCGACCAGCCCUGGCCUCACGGUCAGCAUCACUGCUGGCCCUGUGAUGGUGGUGACCCUUUCCUACCCCCGCAUCCCAUCUCUGCAUACCCGUGGCUGUCAAGUCCCAGAAGUCUGGCCCUCCUUCUCCCUUUCGAGGGAGGGCAGAACCCAGGCGCAGAGGAGGCCAGGCUGGAGUCCGACAACGUCUGCCCUAAGCCAGGCUGGGUGCCCUGCAGCAAGACCUUGUGCCUUGCUGCCUGGCCAUGUAGCCCUGGACACAGGCAGAGUUGGCAGGGACAGUCCCUCACUCUGAAUGCCAUCCCAUGUGAAGCUGUGUGACCUCACAGGGCCCUGUGAUGUCACAGCUGAUGGGCCUCCCCGGCUCAGGCUCCACGGAGCAGCGACAGGAGCAGGUGGCCAGUUCCCAGGACAAAGAAGUCGUUCUCGCUUGGAGGACACUGAGAGGGACGGGGUGGCCGAGGGCACAGGUGGGGCGUGUACCAUCUCGCCUCUCGGGAGCAUCCGGCUGGGUGUCCGGCCUCUGAUCGCCGUGGCCCCCGCCGGCUGUGACAAUGAGAUAUGCGCCAGAAAUCAAGAAGUCCCCGCCCCACCUACUGCAGAUGUUUGCAGUGUGUGACAUCCCCCUGUAUGCCAUCUGUGACUACAACGUUUCCCGAGACCGCUGCAAGGAGCUGGGGUGCUGCUUCUACAAGAGCGUCUGCUACGAGAAGGCGGUGCCGGUCUACGUGCACGUGUUCUCCAUCUUGCUUGUGGUCAUCGCUGCUGCCUUCAUCGUCACCAUCGUUUACAAAAUAGUCCAAGAGAGGAAGAAGCAGAGGGAGGUCCAGGUAGAGGCUGCGACCACUGAGGCCGGCGAGGAGCCGGGAGAAACCUCUCGUGCAGGGUCACUGAAGCCGACCAGUGGCUCUGUCUCCAAGAAGAGCGGCGCGAGCGCAGAGGGAGAGGAAGUACCUGGCACAGAGGUGGAAGACGCGGAGGGCUGACGUGUGUGAGGCGCGGAAGUGGAGCACAGGAAUGUCCCUGCCAUGCAGAGCAGUGGCCCCUGCAGGGACUGUCUGGAGUGGCCACCCAGAGAAGCGAAUAAAAGUAUUUUGAAAGUUGC